AUGGCGGCUCUUGUUAAAUAUGCCGACUCUGAUGGUACCAAGGACCCUGACUCAAAGGACGAAAGAUCAGGAAAGGGAAAGAAGAGUAACGGCAUGAAGGGACAACAGUACAACCCUACCAAUCAAGGCGGCAACGAAGACCGGUUGCUGCGAGAGAAAAAAGGGGAUCAGACAGAGGAGGGGAUCGACGCAGCCACUGCGGGUGAUGCGGGGAUCGCUAGUCCAGUCAACGCGGGCGAUCGAUCUACAAAGGACAAAGGAGGGGAUCCAGCCGACGCAGCUGAUUCAAGCCGACCCUUCGUCUGCAAGAAACUGCUCCACGGAGAUUUCAAGGGCGCAAUUAUUCUUCAGUUUUUGUGCACAAUUCAUGGCGGGGGUGAUGUGCAUCUCCUUUCCUCUACCUCCGGGUACAGGUGCAUACAUUCUUCAAGAAUAUUGGCCGGUCAACCAAGCCUUAUUGAGAAAUUAGUUAGCCUCUCCAUGGCUCAGGCGGAAUAUUCGAUUCGUAAAUGUUAUAUAUUGAAUAUCUGAAUGGACCUUUCCUUCUUGUGAUACUAGCAAGACAGUGUAGCCAUUUGAUUAAAGGAAACAUGAUUUAACUUGUGAAGCUGAGCACCCAAACAGGAUUUAAUUUGUGAAGCUGAGCACCCAAACAGGAUUUAACUUGUGAAGCUGAGCACCUAGAACCAUAAAAAAUUGGGACAAAUAUAAAACCAACAUGUAGUGAACUAUUGUCAGAAUGCAUGGGUAUUAUCAGUACGACCCACUGUAAGUGAGCUUAAAGGGCCAGCUUUUCAUUGAUCAAUGAUUGAGAUCUGUCUUCACAUGUGAACAUUCAGAAUUUGAGUUAUUUAUUUCACUAAUAUGUGUUUACCACGGACAUGUGUGUAAAUUAAAAGAAAACGUCCUUAUUUAUGUUGAGUAAUUUCGUACAAGGAACAUCUUUUAUACUUGUAUAAGUCUUAUGAGUAUGAUGACACACCAACAAUCUGAUCUUUUAGUGUAAUUUUUAGAUUGCUCAGAAAGAAACACCUAACAUAUAACUGAUAGAACAUAAGCAUUACUUAUUUCCCUACCAUAGUGGUACCAUGUAAGACACUAUCUACAACUGUUGAGAUGUGAUUGCAUCGUAAUGUUAUUGUCACUUCAGUUCUCUGCUUUGAAAUCCGAAGUUUGAAAACCUCAUAACCCUAGGAGGUAAUCUUUAUCAAAACAAACAAACAAACUACAAAGGUAAAUUGACAAAAUGUUGCAUUGUACUCAUAGAUAUAUUUUGUUUCCUCUUUAUGGUCCCCAAAGAGAUGAUGUCGUAUUUUGAAACACCAUUGCAUAAGGGAGUGGGUGGUCGUCUACUCUAGCAUGGAAGAACACCGAGUAUGAAUGGCACUGUGUGGUAGAACAAGUUUUUGGAAUAUCAGUGUAAUGUUAUUGGAUGAAGCAGUGUAAAGCACUCUGACAACUAUUGAAGCAUUUCUUUUAUUCUUUUUAGUGAUAUUGAUUUAUGUUUUGGUUUGUUUCAUUAUUGUCUUGUUUUCCAUUCUCACAAUGUUAAUUAUAUGUAAAUCAGGAUGUUUAAUUUCCAUUGUACGUUGCUAGCAUUUUAAAUUUCUCAA